CUAGACCACUGGUGCUGGUGAUACAGAUUUUAUUAGCUGAUUGUUGGAACUUUAAUAGUUCGAAAAAAAUGGAAUCUUUUGUGGGGAUUUCGGUACGUAUACAGUUCGGAUCAUCUUUUGUUAAUGUUGUUUGAUUGUGACACAGACAGCAGCAGGUCUGGGGUAGGUAGCAUUGAAUGACCCUCCAUAGACUGGGUUUGUAUCUUCAUUUCUUAAUUUCCGGAAAAGAAUCUAAAAAGAAGAAUGGGUCUGAUGUGAUAAUACUAUCCAACCAUGUCAGUAGUAUUCUGAGUAAAUGAAUGAUUUACUAUCCAACCAUUUCGUUUAGAUAGUCAUCACGUCAAGUUUUCUCUGCAAAUUUUGUCUGCUUCCCGGCUUUCAUGAUUUUGUUUUAUUAUUUUUUAUUUUUAAUAUGUUGUCUCGUAUGGGGCAGAUUAGAAGCCCAGUAAUAAUUUCAACCACGAGUUACUAGUUGCCUUCCAUUUACAGAAUAAGGCAAGAUUGCCAAUAGGGGCACAAAUCCAAUGUAAAACCAGAACUCCUUCACACCAAAACCCAGCACCAACCACCGAAAGUACGGCGGCACGACUAACCCCAAUAACGUGGGGUCCAACGACAGCAGUAAUUCAAUCUGGUCUGGAUUGUGGGUCCACAACUAGUCUUCUUCUGUCUGUCAACCGUCAGAUCGCUUGAUCAUUGUACAUAAGGUCUUCUCCUUUCUCUCUCUCUCUCUGAAACUAUUUCCUGGUUCCGUCCUCCAUCAUCACCAUUACCAUUACCAUUAAUCAUCAUCAUCGUUUACUUCUUCUUCUCCUCAAAGCCUAAACCCCCUUUUAACAAUUUCCUCUUCAUUUCUUGAAUAUUUUGUUUAUCUCUCCUUCUCAGAAAAUUUAGGUUAUAAUUGAUUUUGAUUGGAAGGUUCCUUUGUGAUGAUUACCUUGUAGAAUUUUUGGUAUCUCUCUUGUGGAGUAGCUGUUUUUGGUGUUUGGUUUUAGGUUUUUUUUGAGAGAUGUCAGUUGCAGAACUUAAAGAGCGGCAUGUAGCUGCAGCAGCAACUGUAAAUUCACUUAGAGAACGAUUGAAGCAGAAAAGACUUCUUCUACUUGAUACAGAUGUUGCUGGGUAUUCGAGAUUACAAGGAAGAAGUGCGAUUAGCUUUGGACCUACUGAUCUGGUGUGUUGCAGAACAUUGCAAGGACACACUGGGAAGGUUUAUUCAUUGGAUUGGACUCCUGAGAAGAACAGAAUUGUCAGUGCAUCUCAAGAUGGAAGGUUAAUCGUAUGGAAUGCUCUUACUAGCCAGAAAAUACAUGCAAUAAAGCUACCCUGUGCAUGGGUCAUGGCAUGCGCCUUCUCAUCCAGCGGACAGACUGUUGCGAGUGGUGGCCUUGAUAGUGUCUGCACUAUCUUCAAUCUUAAUUCUCCAAUUGACAAGGAUGGGAAUCUUCCGGUAUCAAGAAUACUUAGUGGACACAAGGGUUAUGUAUCAUCAUGUCAGUAUGUUCCGGAUGAUGACACACACUUAAUAACAAGCUCUGGUGAUCAGACAUGUGUUUUGUGGGAUGUUACUACAGGACAGAGAAUUUCUGUCUUCGGAGGUGAAUUCCCAUCCGGGCACACUGGUGACGUAUUGAGUGUUUCGAUAAAUGGAUCAAACUCAAAGAUGUUUGUCUCUGGUUCAUGUGACGCAACUGCUCGAUUGUGGGACACACGUAUUGCAAGUCGAGCUGUACGGACAUAUCAUGGUCACGAUGGAGAUGUGAAUACUGUUAAAUUUUUCCCGGAUGGGCAGAGAUUCGGAACUGGCUCGGACGAUGGUACAUGCAGGUUGUUUGACAUGAGGACCGGACACCAGCUCCAGGUUUAUCAACAACCUGGAGGUAUUGAUGUUCCUACGGUGACUUCUAUUGCUUUCUCAUCAUCAGGCAGGCUCUUGUUUGCUGGAUAUUCCAAUGGGGAUUGCUUCGUGUGGGAUACUUUAUUAGCAAAGGUUGUUCAUAACUUGGGUUCUCUGCAAACCUCACACGAGGGUCGGAUAACCUGUUUGGGGUUGUCAGCUGAUGGGAGCGCAUUGUGUACAGGAGGUUGGGAUAGGAAUCUCAAGAUUUGGGCUUUUGGAGGGCUGCGAAAGGUGAGUUAAAUUUGCCAAAUAGGAAACAAGUGCUAUGCUUAUAACCAACCGGCAAGCAGGUCUCGCACUCCCCACAAUUAAUUAUCUUAACUUAUAGAAGGAUCCUCCAUUUGUUUAUUGGGAGUGUGAUUAAAAGUAUUUGUUGAGUUUUUGUAACAAUUCCCCAUAUUGGUAGGGGAAGCGUUUUGAGAGAGGAAAAAGCAGAGAAGUUCUUCUUGCUGUUGUUGUCUGUUGUAUCAGCACAGGGGCUUGUUUGUUAAACUUUGUUCCUUUACUAGCUACAAAUGUUAUCCGAUUAGUGAGACAAA